CUGCUCCUCGAUCAAGAUGAUGUCAGCUGAAGUCAGCUAAAAGACGUUCCACCAAAGAUAAGAGUCUCCACCUUGCAGCCAAACAAUGAUACUAUGCACUCUUCGACUACACGCGUACAUUUCUGCUUUACAAACCAUACCAUUCCUCGCUGCUCAAGUCAAUGAGUUAGGAAAAGAGGUGUGAGGCCGCAUCAAUCGAACGAGGAGCCAAAUACAUCUCACACAUAUACAAAACCGAUGUUUCGCCGCUUCUUCGCUUUCCUCAAAUCAUCGAGCAUGGGUGUAGAAGCCGGACCCGCAGAGGAGCGAGUCGGGCUUACUUCACUAUCCACAAAAUACAACAACGACGAUCUCAAGCCGCGAAGGAAUCUCAUCUUACGAGUAGCUAUUGCCGUUCUUGUUACCAUUUUGGCUGUUUAUGGAGCUUACGCGGCCGGAUCUCAAACUCUCGCAACACUAAUACGAGAUGAUGCCUCAUGCGUGUGCGGCGUUACAACUGCCGAAGGAAUCUCGCAGAACUGCAAGUUCGAUGAGAUCGAGCUGUGCUGGUUGAGACCGGAAUGUAUCGAUUCCGAGCUCACUCGUGAGUUCACCACGGCUUCUCGUUCCGACCCGGGGGGUGUUUGGCUAUACCAAACGGAGCUGGAUGGCAAGCAGCGCCUGAUCAACGGAACCGAGCUAUCAAUGCUUAUUGAGCCCGGGAGAACCAUAUGGUUCACCUACGAGCAGCAUGUUGCGCACUGCGUCUUUGCAUGGAGAAAGCAGUUCCGGCAGCAGUUCACAGGCAUUGUGAUGCCUACAACGGCAUCAGACGAGGGACAUAUCAGACAUUGUGGUGAAAUGUUCAUGCUUAACGCUAGCUUGGAGGAGAGACGUACGAAGCUGGUGUACCCUUCUGAAGUGUAGUUGGGUUAGCUGAAGCUUUAGUCAACGAGCGAUUAGCGCUCACGAAAUGUAUGCGGCAUCGUCCCGUCCCCGAUAACGGACCGUUCUCAAAGCAUCCAGCUUGGCCACGCUUAAUUAGGACGUACCUCCGCAGAACCCAUCGAGCAAGCGGGGAUAGUCUUUUGAGAAGCGACGUGGACGAUCGUUGAUCGCAAGUGUGAGAAGAGAUGAGUGGCGACGAGUUGGAUACGUACGUAACUAUCAGGACGCGGCUCGGCGAACCAUUGCCAAGCUACCGAGCAAGUACACAGUACAAGUACGGUAACUCAGAGUGGAGGGUACAUUUUGACGGCAGUUCGUUAAACUUUCGAGACAUGCGUUGCUAUUCGUUCAACUCUGCCGUAC